AUGUCUGAGUAUACAUCAGGAAAAGACCAGACCAGCUGUCCAAUCUGUCAAGAUCUACUGAAAAAUCCAGUGACUUGUAACUGUGGAGAGAGUUUCUGUUCAGCGUGUGUUCACGACAAACGGAAGCAGGACAGUCAAAAGAGCUGCCCUCAGUGUGGAGAGAUGUUCACUCCAAAGCCUGUUCCACGCAGAUGCGUCAAGGUCGAUGAAAUGUUGAAAAAACUGGAACUGUCUUCUUCAACCCUUCCUCUGGAUCCAAGUUAUGCUGGACCCGGAGACGUACCGUGUGAUGAAUGCACUGGAAGGAAACACAGAGCCGCCAAGUCUUGUCUAAUGUGUAUGGCGUCCUUCUGUGAGAGUCACCUAAUACCUCACACCACAAAGCCCUAUCUGAAGAAACACAAGCUGAUCGAAGCCUCCUCAGACCUGCAGGAAAACAUCUGCUCCCAACACGAAAAAAUCAAUAUAAUCUACUGUCGCACAGACCAGAAAAGUAUUUGUGCUUUGUGUGCAUUGAAUGAACACAAAGGACAUGAUACAGUUGAAGCUGAAAUAGAACAGAUGGAGAAACAGACUGAGAUUGCAGACAGGCAAGUUGAAGUGCAGCAGAGAAUCAAGGACAAACAGGAAGAACUGGAUGAGCUGAAAAAGGCUUUUGAUACACUAAAGUGCUCUGCACAGGCUGCUUUAGAAGAAAACGAAAAGAUCUUCACUCAGCUGAUCCACACCAUUGAGAAAACAAGCUCUGAGGUAGCAGAGCUGAUCAGAGCUCAAGAGAAGCUGGAAUAUAGUCGUGUUGCAGGACUUCAUGAGCAGCUGGAGCAGGAGAUUGCUGAGCUCCACAGGAGAGAUGCUGAGCUACAGAAGCUUUUAAACACAGAUAAUACUGUUUAUUUCCUAAAGCAUUUCCAGUCUCUUUCUUCACUGUCUGCAUCUGUGAACUCACCCAGUUUACCUGACAAUCAACACACUGAACCUGAUCUUGUGAGGAAAUGUCUUUCUGAUCUUAAAGUGGAAUUCCAGAAAUUUGGCAAGGAGGAAUACAACAUCAUUUCAAAUGUUGCAAAUAUUCAGUUGAUAUUUCCUUUUGAGCCAAUAACCAGCAAGAAUUUUCUACGUUAUUUCCAGAAGUUUACAAUGGACACCACCACUGCAUACAGUGAACUCCGCAUUUCAGAAAACAACAGAGAAGCAAGAUGCCGUGAAACAAUCCGACCACGUAUUCAACAUCCAGACAGAUUUGAUUUCUGGCCCCAGGUACUAUGCAAAGAAAGUAUAUCUGGACGCUGUUACUGGGAAGUUGAAUGGGAGAAAGGGAUAUGGGGGGUCUAUAUUGCGGUUUCAUAUAAAGGAGUGGGAAGAAAAGGACAGGAUCGUGCACAUUGGUUUGGACACAACAGUAUGUCCUGGAGUCUGGAAUGUUCUCAAACUCCCUGUAUCUGGCACAACAACAAUAAAACUCAGAUCUCAGGCCCUAUAUCCUCUAAAAUAGGUGUAUAUGUGGACUACAAAGCAGGAACUCUCUCCUUUUAUGACAUUUCCGACACAAUGACUCUCUUACACAGAGUCCAGACCACAUUCACUCAGCCCCUCUAUCCUGGGUUUUGGUUCAGUAUGUCUUCUUCAGUAAUGCUGUGUGACCUCUGAGCUGUGCUGCCUUUGCUGUUUAUGAAAUAUUUGUGUAAUGUUACUUUUAAGAUAGUAAAAUAUAUCACUAAAUACAGAUUUGUCGCAUAUAAAUGUUCUAUGCUGUAAGGAGCUAGAAAAUUGAAAUGUUUGAAGACAUGAAAUAUACACUUUGCAUACUAUUAUUUACAUUUAUGUUCUUUUUUUUUUUUACAAUUAUUUUCUAUAUAUAUAUAUAUAUAUAUAUAUUAAAGAAUGAGAGAAUGUAAGUGCAAUUUAAAUGAGAAAAUGAUAAUCAGAAGGUUUUGGUCACUUUCAUUAUGCUGAUGAUUUUAAUA